GCGCCGCGAGCGCUGCAGUCCCUUGUCCUUGGACAGGGCCCCGAUGCGCACACAGACCUAACGCUAACGCAUUCCUGUGUCCCGGGGAAAGCACACCACCUGCGCGGGGAACGGGGCCGUGAUUCUCGCGAGGAGGAAGGUGCGGUUUGCUUGCACCAGAGGAAAUUUAUCUAUCAUCUAUACAUACGUACAUCUUCCCUGGGCAUUUUCGGGUCGGGGCGUAAACGAGGGGAAUGCAAUUAGACUCUCAAGGCACGAAAGAUUGGUGUGGCGAUGGCAGCCACAACUUUUUUCCGGAAGAUUCGCUCGAGGUUGUCAUCGGAGAAGCAGAGCGGAGAACAUGUGAAGACCGCACGAGUACCGCUGUCCACGAAAGCCGAGAACGAGUCCCUGUACCACGCCUCUUUGCAGCGGAUGACUCCGCCGGCUUCGCCCCUCUUUCAGUUUCGUUUUGAAGAACCGAAUGAUGGUUCCAGACGGCACAACUCUGCGGUCGGGAGUUUUGAGAGGCGAGAUGCGGAAGGCACUUCACAAGCACGCCUGGGUACAGGCCAAGGGGAACAAAAGGCAGUGAACAGGAGGGUUCAGUCUGAGCGGAGAGAUGAAUGGGAAGAUGAGAACAGCCGACACGGAGAAAGAGGAGGCUCAGGAGGGCGAGCAGGAUGGGGCGCUUUGCUCCUCGAGAAAUUCCGCCACUCAGUAUCUAAGGUAAAGGAUGCAGAUGACGGCAUUGCCAUGGACGGGGGUAUCGAUAUCGACACGACCGGCUCCGACUCCGAUAACGAUGCCGUCAGAGGCGCAGGUGGUUUUAACGCAAGUCCCAGUGCCGACAGCGAGACAGGCUUCGCCGCUGGAAACAGAGCCACCGAGGAAGAACACAUGCUUCGGCAAAUGUCAAUGCAGAAUAGGUGGAAUGGGUACGGGUCAGCGGAAGACGACGCGAGUUCUGCUGCAAGGCUUCCUGUAUUUGAAGGAGGAGGAUCGGAUUUCGCUCUUGCUAUGAUGACGGAAAGUAAGCGAGCUGGCUUGCGAAUUGAUAGCCAAGGGACCCUUAUGGAGGCUGCGGAAAGUGGGCGCGACUUUGUCGGCUUGUCCAGCCAAAGUGAUGGCAUUCCUGGGAGCACUCGAUCGACCGCUAAUGUUCCUGUCACAGGUUGGACAGACCAUCAAGGAGGGGGGUUUGGCAGUCUGCAUGCAGGAGACGCAUACGAAGAAGCACAAGUGCAAGGGGAGGGGGACAUCCUCGAUGCUUCCAUCUCCUCGAACGGGAGAACGAGCGAAGGAUUGACCUAUGACUCUAAUGUGGGGGAGUCUCCACUAAACUCACCCCCGAGUAGGUGGGCAUUAGAGGCUGUCCGCAAAUUUGAUGAUAUGCCGUCGUCCACACAGAGGAAUGGAUAUGGUGAGGAGGCGAAGAGAGAGGAAAAAGGCGAUCGUCAUGUAUUUCGGAGGGAAGAGUUUGCGUCUGCCCGCAAUAGCCCUGAGGAUGAUUCCUGUGAACAAGAGGAGGAGGAUAGGCAAGUGCAAGGACAUGUUUGGGAGGACGCUCAGAGUUGCGCCGUGCCUGCUGACAGAGCAGAGAAGCACUCUGAAUCCAGUGAGAACAACACGCUCGGCACGGUUAUGAAUGGCGUCGACGGAAGUAACAGGGAACCAGUGAUGGAUUGCGCACAGGAAAUUGAUGAUGCAGAGGGAAUUGUCAGCCUGAGACGAAGGGAACUGGAGGAGGUGAUUGUUCUACAAAAAGAGAAGAGCAAAAGUGGGGCUGAACCGAAGAGUGUGGGUGAAGGAGGAGAGGGCUUGCCAAAGAGCUCCAAACAGCAGAAGAAGGCUGUGCUUCAAGAGCUAGAGAGAGAGUUGCGUGAGGUUCUUGGAAUCGAUUUUGAGAGCGAGGAAAGUGAUGGGGAUUCCACUCAUGAUGAUGACCGCCGCCUGGAAGAGGCUGGAAAGGCUUUCCAGAGUGAAUUGAGGCGUUUGCGAGAAGCAUUUGAGAACGGGGGAGGGAAAAAGGAUGGGAAAGAGGAGGCUACUAGAAAUGAAAAUCCAGCCGCUAAAUUAAUCGGGCUUGGCCGGCGACGAAGUGUGAAAGACAGCGUUGCGCUUUGGAAUGUGGCGGAAGCUGUGGCCAAGGGCUCCGACAAUCUUCCCGAGAUUUGGGAGGAUGACGAUGAGACUGCCAGCGAGGCCGGCAGCACAAACCCGCUAUCGCAUGUUGUUUCUAUGUGGGAGGCAGAACUGGCUAACGACCAAAAGACACCUCGCGCAUCGUCUGCACCGUCGACUGCAAAGCGAAUGCUCCCCGCGAAAACUGGGUUGAAGGCCAUCAUAGGACAGGAUGUGACGCAAAGAGCGACAGGGGACAGUGAGCCGGGUGCAUUAUUGAGUCUGGGCUCUGUAAAAGGCCGCUGGGUAACGAGUAAUGUAGAUUCAAGAAGGGACGACGAGGGGAAGAAUCCGAGAGAGAUAGAUGAUACCGUGAAGGGUGUUCGAGAAGCCGCCGAGGCGAAGUUGAAGAGGAGAGCAGCUUUGGCUCAAAAGAGCAAACUGCGAGCAAAAACAUUCGACGAUGAAGAAAUGGAGUCACUCAUGGCCCAGUGGGGCUUACGGAGGAGCUCGCCCGGGUUGGAUGUUUCCGCCGCCCACCCUUCAGCCUCUGGGGGAAAGGGGAACAGGAGUUCUUCGGAAGGAGGGGUGGUGGGAACGCCUCCCCAGACGGCCACAGAAGGUUCAAAAUCUACGUCCUGGAAUCUGAAAUUCGACACGAGACCCCACAGCGCGCCAUUGUGGACUCCGGUUCCACGUAAUGAGAUUUCUAGGGCGCCUGGUCAGCGCCGGGGCAACGCCCGCUCGUCACCUGGUCCGGCGGAGGAGGACGGUCAGUUGCUGUCAUGCAAGGGUGACUGGGAGAUCAAAACGCAUGAUGGCGACACCCUUCGGACAAUGAAAAGCCAUGUGUACAAAGGCGUCUCAAGCCGGUUUGUCAUGCAGGUGUCGAAGCCUGUCGAGGUCCCAGAGGGAGUUGGGUUGACGGCUAAAGAGAUUGGAGACCGUCUUGUUCUACUCCAAGACAAGGGGCGCAGCAUGCACAUGUUGCUGGCAGAUGUGAAGGGCUCCAAGCCGACAUGGAGAGGAGAGCCAAGGUGUCGAGGAGUGUCCGAUGCUGAAAGUGAAGUGGAUGCAAGUGAACGUAAUACGCCUGUGUCUUCUGGCGAUUUGACGUUGUUGGACCAUUUCACGCCGACGGCCCUUGACUCGUUAGAAAAGUUGGCCGUACAAGGACUCCGAAUACAGUCCAGGUUGAAUGAGGAGCCCAGGUCGAAUGACGAGAAGCUUGAUUACAAAGAACGGACGAGGACAUGGCAGACCGAUUAUGUUUCGAUUGAAGAGACGGUGAUGAGGAUAGGUGCUUCGGCACCUCGGAGUAUUUGCUCAGCAGAACCGUCGCGGGACACGGACGAGGCCUCGUUCGCGCCGGUUGCUAUUUCUGUUGACGAGUGGAUCCGGUUGAAGGAGAUCGCUUCUGAAAGCGACAGCGAUCUGCUGCAGUCUGACGAGGCAGGGGUUGAGUCGUUAUCGAGGUCAAGGCAGUAUGGAGUUCCACUGCAUAAGGCCGACAACUGCGACCAAAUGCAUCAGCAAACGAGCGGAACGGAACCGCACGAUCGCCAAUUGGUUACGCCAGAGGGCGACAAACUGACUCUGGCGAUGCUCGUGCAAUUGCGGGACCCUCGGAACUCGUAUGAGGCAGUCGGAGCGCCAAUGUUAGCUGUGGUGCGAGCGGAGAGGUCAGCCCCUAGCAGCAGUGGAGUGCUGGGCUAUAUGGGGGUGGGAGGGGCGAUAUCGGAUGGACAGGAUCAAAAGAAAGGUGGGAGAUUGGGAAAAGAUGGUUUCCUGAGGGUGAUCUCUAUGCAAUUAACAGGGAUCGUUCACCCAGGUGGUCAGAAUGGAUCCAAUGGCAGCCAGUGGAGGCACCAGUCAUCCCGAGCAAAAGGUUCCCGGUGGAAUAUGUCCCAUAUGAAAGGAGGGAGCAGUGCAGAGAAGACGUCCUUCUCUUCUUCAAGACCAAAUGUUGGCGCAACAAGAAAGAUUGAGGAGGGAGACACUCUCUGGACUCUUUCGGCCACGGUGUAUGGAGAUGCCACCAAGUGGUCAAAAAUGGCGCACCUGAACCCUCACAUAAAGAAUCCGGAUGUGAUCUAUGUAAAUGACGUCAUUCGCACUCGAUGAAGACGGGGUGCUUGUGGAACCACCGCUUGCUCGAUCAUCUUACGUAACUGAUAUCAUCCGUACUCGAUGAAGAUGGGGUGCUUCAAGACACCGUUUGCUAGCAGAUCUGUGUUUUGUCGAUCAUCUUUCGUCCCAAUUGAUGUCAUCCGUACUCGACGAGGGAUGGGCUGCUUGCAGACACCGCUUAGAGUACGGCUUGGAGAAACCCCUACGGUCUUCACCGGAAUAGAACGCCCGGUCAGUGAAGCUGCAUUUGUGGCAACUUUCAGUCCAGAUGCAGCGAUAAUGACCGGGUGGUGUUCUAUUCAGGUGAAGACGGUAGCCGAGGGGUUCCUGACAGUUGGUGGAGUCGUGUAUCUACUAUGUAGCUUAUGGGCCUCGCUCCACUACUCACCCAAUGUGCAAAUUGAGAACGAAUCUUCCGCUUGAACGUGGGAAUAUGCACCGCCAUCUAUUUGUCUUUUGUGCAUGUGGUGAGUAGCCGAGCGGCGGCCCUAUCUUUGCUUUCCUGCUGGACACUCGUAUGUAGCCAACAUUUACUCUACUCUGCCGCUCGCUGCUAUGCGCUGGUCGGGCAAAUCUGCGGCAACCUUUGCAAACUGAACUUCAGUGAGAGAGGAGGGUGAAGAUAGUUUUCUUUUUCUUUCUCUUGGUGGAGAAGGCGCUGGUCAGGUAAAUCUGCGGCAGCUUUUUCAAACUGAACUUGAAGUGAGAGAGGAGGGUGAAGAUAGUUUUCUUUUUCUUUCUCUUGGUGGCGAAGGCGAAAGCAACGGACUCGGUGAUCGAAAACAUUGGCGAGGGGUAGCGUACGCAGGAGAGUGGGUUGUGGGGGUAGUAGUGUAUGCCAUCUGGUGGGGCGUAAGCUGUGAUGCGAGGGUUGAAGUUGAGGUUGCUCCUUUCAACAGGUUGGGAUGUGGUACAUCUGAGGUGACGUCAGGGAGGACAGGAAGCAUUCCACAAUUUUUAGAUUUAAUAAUAUUUAUUCUAGUCUAGGGCUUGUUCACCUUUGCUGGGACGGACGCAAGGACACCCAUAAUGUUUUCCUGUGGCAUGUCUCAGAUGGAGUUGCUGCAUCUGCCAACGGACGACACCAUUACGAGCGUUGAAUGACAGUGCUGCAUUUGGAAACAGUGACAGCUCAUCACCCAAAACGGUUAAGUGUGUUCUGCUGUGGACACUGUUGAAUCGCUGUGUCCAAUUGACGUCGAAGAGAGGUGUGUGUAUUAAGAUUUGUCGACGUGUGUGAGGAAGGUGUAUGGCAGGGUACGGAUUAAGAGUCAAGACUCAAGAACGAUGAAGCUGUUCCAGAGCAUAACAGGGCACGAGGACGGGGGAAAGACCUCUUCAUGCGAUGCACGCAGGAAUCGGCGAAGUAGCAGUUUCUCCAGUACUCUCCGUGCGAUGAGGAUGGUCGGAAGACUUUUUGCGUACGUCAACAAAUUUUUGCAGUCAACGUUUGGGUUGACUUUGACUUUGGCGAGCCCAGUGUCAUCUGCAGUUUGUGAGACGUUUGGGAGAUGUUUGUUGUCGAGUUUCGUGGCACUUUUAUAGCUGGUCAGCUCUGAGCAGGGUUGGCAUGCAGGCGCAUUGGGUGGGUUUGGAGGGGGCCAGCAGAGGCUGUGGAGGCGAGGGCGGGGGGUUGAAGGGGAGGGGCCAUGCGCGUUCGACACAUUGACUGAUAUAUGGUAUCCAACGCCUUUCUCUUUCCUCAAGCGACUCCGAGAGGAGUGUCCACAUCGAUCGAGGAGGUACAGGGUUUGUAGGAGAUGGAUGGGACGGCAAGCCGGUGAGCUCUUUUUGGUUGGAUCCACUGAUCUGGUCUGCUACCAGCAGACAGGAGGAGAGCCGAUCUAACAGACGGAUGGUUCAUAUCCUUCACUGUAUGUAUGUUCUCUCUUUAGAGUAGAGUAGAUGGAGAUGUAAGGAUUGGAUGUUCUGACGGGAGUGUCGUCAGGCGUACACAGGUGGUUUUCACCGCAACUUUUCGCAGCAAAUUCUCUCCCGAGGAGCGUUCUCCUCCCCACGGAGGAGCGUUCGGCUCCCCACGGAGGACCGUUCAGCUUCAUACGGAUGAGCGUUCAGCUCCACUACAUACGGAGAAGUCGAACAAAGUGGGAUCUGAUUCUGGGGGCGUUGUGGUAUACAGAUGUGCCGGCCAGCCGACGUGUCUUGCACACCAUGGAGAAGAAAGAGAGAGAAGAAAGAGAGAGAAGAAAGAGAGAGAAAGAGAGAGAAGAAAGAGAGAGAAGAAAGAGAGAGAAGAAAGAGAGUUGUCUGCAUGGCAGAUGGCAGCUGCAUCCAGGGUCCAGGGAAACAAAUCGUGGGGGACCACCACUCUGGCGACGAGGGUGAUUGUAGAGGUGAUGGACGGGAGUGAUAGUGAAUUGCAGUUGGUUUUUUGAGAUGAUUGUAUUUCUGUUAGCGGACCUUUAGAUAUUAAUUAAUCAUUUUUGAGUAUUUUCACCACACAUGCGGAUCAGUGGUUGGCAUCAUCGACACGUCUGUUGGUGCGCAACCACUCUGUUUUAUAAAGGACAUGAAAUUUUAUGUGGAUGAAUCUUCCAUGAUGAUUCAUCCUGCAAGUUGAGACUGUUGUGUAGUAACUCGAUUACGGACGGAUAUGCAAAAUUGUUGACUGUGUAGUGACUGGAUGGCAUGCAUUUACUGCACAAUACUGACUAGAUACACAAUAGCAGAGAAAUGAUUUGCGGCACUUAUGUUCUCUGGAUCUGCUCGUUGCCCGAAUAAACCGGCCGGUCAUCAUCGCAGUAUCCAGGCUGAAAGUUGCACCAAGCACAGCUUUUAAUCUCAUGCACGUCAUGCUUCGGUGUCAUGCUUCUGUUAAUGUCAUGCAUGCCAUGCUUUGCUACUGUUGACGGGGCGUUCUAUAUGGGCGAAGACGGUAGGAUGCGGAGCUGAGGACUGAUUCUCUGAGCGUCCGUCGUCCGUCCUUAAACCACCAGUCUGUUUCCGCGGUACCUUGUUUCGACACAGCAGUUAACGCGCCGCGAUAUUGCAGUGCGGGUUUACUGGAGGGGGGGGGGUGGAAAGGCCGGCGGUGCCCAUCAGGAUCGCAUCUGCAACGGUUUGGCUUUUCUGGGCUGGGCAACUCACCGCGGAGCCUUGUCAGUGCCCAUCAGGAUCGCGUCUGCGACGGUUUGUCUUUUCCGGGCAGGGCAGCUCACCGCGGAGCCCUGUCCCAACGCGCUAGGUAAUGCACCGCGAAAUUGCGGUGUGGGCUUUUAGCAGAGGGAAAAGUCCGUUGGCGCCCAUCAAGACCUCGACUGCAACGGUUUGUUCUUUGUUGGGCCGGGUAGCUCACUCAGCGCGGAACCUUGUUCCACCGCGCCAGUUAAUGCGGCACAUAAUUGCGGCCGGUCAGGGUCACCGGAGGGAAAAGACUGGCGGCGCCCAUCGAGAUCGCGCCUGCGACGGUUCGGUUUCUGCAGAAGGCAGCUUAGCAGAGGUGUGCUCAGCAUGUUGGAAAAGAGAGAGGUGAGGGGGAGGCUCGGAUGGACUGGUGGUACAAGGGACACUACCACUACCGUCUUCACCCGAAUACAAUGUACGGUCGUUAUGAUUGUAUUUGGGUCAAGUUUGAGUCUAGGUACAUCAGUAAUGACCGUACGUUGUAUUUGGGUGAAAACGGUACUAGUAAGUGGAGGUAAGGACUGGUGGUGGCUCGGCGGCUGUGACUGGUAUGAUUGUAUUUGGGUCAAGUUUUAGUUUAGCUACAGCCAGACUAGUGAGUGUAAUACAGGCUUAGUAUGGUCUUAGGGCAUCCUCACUGUAGGACUUUCUUCGACCAACUCUGUACGCGAUUGCGGUCCGUCCGAUGCAUAGAAGUCUGGCUGUAAUUGCAGUCAGAUACAUUCAGGAAAGGGCAUCCUCACUCUAGGACUUUCUUCAUUCAACCAACUCCGGACGGACGUGAUUGCGGUCCGAUGCAUCCAUGUCUGGCCAUAAUUGCAGUCAGAUACAUUCAGGAAAGUGCAAGUGUGAGUAUGUCCGAUGCAUCCAUGUCUGGCCAUAAUUGCAGUCAGAUACAUUCAGGAAAGUGCAAGUGUGAGUAUGCCCUCGAACACAUUGUAAGUUUUGUAACAGUUAG